AUGCCUGUCGUCGAGGCUGAGUCUGGUGAGCAAGACACUACCAACCCUCAAGUCAACCAGCGCUUCCAAGCUGUCCUCAAGAGUCUCAACAACACCUCAUCAGGAGGCCAUAAGCAGAAGUGCAUGGAUGCUCUAGACCCUUAUCUUUUUUCAGCUCAAUUCUUUUGUCUCAAUCAUGACCUCUUUGCAGACUUUGACGCUGUGAUUCGAGAGGGCAUGUUGGCAGAAUUUGAUCCUGAUCCUGAUCAGGAUCAAAGUGAAUAUGCGCAGGCAACUAGAACCUACCUUGUACAUGUCUACAAGAACUUUGCUUCGACAAUUCCAGGAUUCAGUGAGCUGAAUACAAAGUUUGAGGCUGAUCCCGAUGCUUGGACUGGGUUCCAAAAAGCGAUGGAAAAUGCCGCCAAUAGUGCACGUUGUGAUAACACUGGCUCUCUGAAGCACAAUGGACUCCAGUACUUACUCAAAGACCCCGCCAAGGACACAUUUGACCCUCCAAUAUUAAAGACUCACAGUAAGGCUGUACGAGGUUGGAACCAUCCAGCAACCACACGACUUCUGUGCCCUGCACAUGAUAUCGUCGAGUUUGAUGAAGAUCCAAACGCAUAUAUGGACCGCGUCAAAUCAGGACAGAAGAAAAUCACUGCAAAACAAUGGCCGUCGAUGUUUUACAACAUGAGCCUCUACAACCCAAAGAACAAGAAGGCAGGCUUCCUGCGUGGUCACGCAAUCAUACAGGGAUGGCACCACAUCUUCACUGGACCGAUGUCGGCGCUCUCAAAAGAUCGGACACAUCGCUCUUCAAAGCCAACAAAAGGCAAGAUGCACAACUUGACAGAGCCAGGGCCAAUAAAUAUCAUGUAUGUGGCAAUACAGAUGUACUUUGUUGCCUGCAAUGCUGAAUCCUGGACGUCCGAGGUUGGGUCUAUGAACCUCGAGGAGGUGUACUAUACUGCGGUCGACUUACUACUCAGAGAGCACGCAGAAGAUCAGUGGGUCAAGGACUUGCUGCAGUUUUGGAAAGACGAGGCAGCAGGACUUACUCAAACCCUAUCAAAAUGCCAAAGAGUUGCCUCGAACUUAGCGUCCGACAGUGAAGACGAUAUGGACGACUUCUUUGGUGGUGACGACGACGAACAACCUAGUGCGGGAGGAUCGACUAGGGACCACGAGCCAGCACGCAGUGCUCCAAUAGCAGGUGGGAAUGCUUCAACGAGUGGCUCUGGAUCCAGCUCGACAGGUAGUGCCAGUGCCAGUGCUGGACAGGUAGGAAUGGCAGGUGGACAUGCUUCAACAAGCAGUUCAGGACCCAGCUCGACAGGUAGUGCCAGUGCCAGUGCUGGACAGGCAGGAACAGCAGGUGGCAUGCUCGAAGGCGGGAACGUGAUGAACACUGGCAACAUUGACGACGAGGACGAAGAGGAGCAGCAGCAGCCCCGGCGCAGAUGCAGACUCGAACAUGACUCAGACACUCAAAGGGAACGCUCACCAUUGACCCCUCCUCCCACAUCUCCCCCUCCUCCCAGUCCUCACUUGCAUGCUUUACCUGGCCUUAAAUGA